AUGGCAUUCCACUUAUCUUCGUUGCUUUUACGAGAGAAGCCACCAAGUCACCUAGAAUAUAUCAUCGCGGUGUCGAGCGUUUCCAGCUGGAAACUGAACAUAUUCCAAGACGGGUCCAAUCGCGAGUCUGUCUUGCUACAUACUGAUCGCGCUUUGUCGCGUCUCCAAAGGCUAUUUCAAAUUUUUCAACAACAAGAAUUAAGCCAGAAUGUCUCAGAAGGACUUGUUCGAGGCCUCAUCCUUCCACUCAUCCAGGAUGAUGACCCGCUGAUUACGGUCGACCAAGCUUUUCCCUUGGUCGGAGCUGCUCUCCCAAUCAUGACAAAAGCGUCAUCGGCAUGCAUUCGAGAGAUUGCGAAGAUACUGCUCGAAGUUGAUGGUCUGCUUGAGCGACUGCUCUCGCACGAGCGCUAUAUUGUGGCGCUGAAUGAGUGGUUCUCGCUGAAGAACAGCCACCUGGACAAGAAGCUUGUCAAUAAGCUCACACAUAAGCUGGUGAGGAUGUGUGAGAACUGCACUAGUAGCCAUGGCAUCCAGUCAGUUUGUCAAGAGUGGCAUAUAGUCACAGCUCUGAUGCUGUCCUUGGCUACUUUGGCUCAUUCCGUAGAAAGCGAAGAAACGAGGCAACUUCAGAAGACCCGGGAUCUUCCUCUCCUUGCUGGGAUGAGAAUGCUAAACAGGGACGAUAAGAAGACGAAUAAAGCACGCCAGUCAAAUCAGAGAGAAUUCAGUAUUCCUAAGCCGACUUUGCAACAGCUAUCAUUGCUCGGUAUCAAGAAGCCCGAGUCACUUCGAGCCGUUCAAACUCUUCAGGAGGAGCUCGAAAGCCGAAAGACUAUGUCAAUUUUACGCACUGUCAUCGAUACCUAUCCUUGCAGGCUCUGCUGGGAAAUGGUGACCGGAAAGUCAUCACUGCCCGUUUACAAUGUCAAGCUUUCCGAGAAUACCAAAGGCAGCAGUGUCAAAUACGAUAUAUUUGGGAAGCGCAUCGGAUUUUGGAAAGUUCUGCUGACAGACCGGGCUUUCAAGAGCUCCAGGAAGCUAGCACGCACAGGGUCCUUCGAGAGGGUGGAGCGUAAACUCAGGGAGCUUGCUAGCGGCCAGUGGAAAGGAAAGGAUAUCUCGAACCGUGUCGGCACAAAAAAGCAGAGACAUGAAAUGCAAAUACCCCUUCUUAAGGCUGUUGUCACACGUGAGCUCUCCAUCCUGUGGCAGAUAGACGUUGGCUUCUACGAGGAUCAGCCCUGGGAGAGGAAGCAAGUUGUCAAGGUCUGGCACAUCGUCGACUCCGAAGACGAGAUACAAAAUGCCACCAAUCAGGUUAUUUCCCUUCAGCGGGCCCAUAAUACCGAAGAUUAUGUUCAUAUGUGCUGCCAGCGUCCAAUUCAGCAGUCGGAUGGGAGGUUUUUGCCAGUGAAAUUUGACAACAUAAAAGAUAGCAGGAAAUAUCCCCAACCAGAGCCUGCUGCUGCUCCUGCUCCAAAGGCCGCAAACAAAGAGUUGAUCGAGAUGUCAAGUAAGUAUCAUGUCUCUGCACUUAACAACAAGUUCUACAGUCUCACAGAACCAUUCUUAAGAACUAUAGUCCAUUCUACUGGCAGCGAAGAGGUUCCAUUCGAUUUAUCUCCGGAGGAAUAUGAAAUUAUCACCAAUUUCAAUACCUCUAGCCUGAUUCUGGGACGAAGCGGGACCGGGAAGACUACUUGUCUUCUUUUCAAGAUUCUCGCGAAAUAUAGGGCCCAAGAAAUGUCGGACGGGCCGCCUGUCCGACAGCAGCUUCUCCUCACACGCUCGCCGUAUCUGGCUUCGAAAUUACAAACUUACGCAAGAAGCUUGAUCCAAACUCAAGCUCACGGGAAGCCUAUAGCCGGUAUGAGUGAAGAUGACCUACUCGAUGACGAAGGAUCUGGUGAGCCGUUGUCGUUGUUUUCUCUGGAGGAUAAGAGCUUCCCGUUUGUCUGCACAUAUGAUCGACUGCUACAACUUCUCAACGAUACCAUCCAGUCAAUCGACCGGAAAAAUUUUCUUCAUAGUGAUAUUACAAGCCCAGGCCAUGUUGCCAAAGGAUCAAGCGUCUCCAAACGACCGCGAACUGUCGACUUCAACGUUUUCAAAGUUGAAUACUGGACGUGUCUGGCCAGCAUAAUUCCUUCACAGUGCCCACCAGAGCUUCUGUUCUCAGAAAUCGUGGGUGUGAUCAAGGGCUCAAGCUCAACAGCCAUAUCACUAGAAUGGCUCACUCGUGAGCAAUAUCUCUCGAGAAGCUCCAAGACAUCUCCGGCAUUCAACGAUGAGGCUGACCGUGAGCGGGUAUAUGCAGCAUUUGAACGCUAUGAGAAAUUGAAAAAGCAGAGGAAUGAAAUGGAUGAACUAGACCGGGUGCUUGGGCUGCUGCGGUCUAUCAGGAACGAUCCUGCUUUGGGUCAAUUGGUGCGUCAAGGUUUCGAGGAGAUCUAUGUCGAUGAGGUCCAAGAUCUGCGGUGCUUGGAUAUAGUUCUACUUCUCGGCUGUGUUUGUGAUGCUCGCGGAGUUCACCUUGCUGGAGAUACUGCGCAAUGCAUAUCUAAGGAUUCAUUCUUUCGAUUCCCCGAGAUAAAGGCCAUGUUCUUCGAGCAUUAUGACUCUGUCGCCGCUGAAACAGGCCAACUGGAAUUGGCAAAGCCAACCCAGUUCUCGCUGGCAAAGAACUAUCGUUCUCAUCAAGGGAUCUUGAGUUUUGCUUCUUUUACGAUGCAAAUGCUGUGGAAUGGGUUCCCUGACGCGAUUGACAAAUUAGAUCCCGAAAUAGGUCAAGUCGGGGGUCCGCGACCAAUGAUAUUUGCCGGUUUUGAUUCCAGGAUUCUCUCUGCCAAGAUGAUCGGGCUCGUGAAGCUUAAUGACAGAGUUGCAGACUUUGGUGCUGAGCAAGUGAUUCUUGUUCGCGAUGAUGUCGCGAAGGACCGACUCCAGAAACAAAUUGGAGAAAUCGCGCUUGUUCUCACUAUCUUGGAGAGUAAAGGUAUGGAGUUCGAUGAUGUUCUUGCUUACGAUUUUUUUAGUGGAAGCGACCUUGGAAGCAGCUAUCGAUGUCUUCAUCUUCUGGCUCGGGGAGCGAAGAGUCAGUUUGAUUCUCAGCGACACAUUGGUCUGUGCUCUGAAUUGAAACAUCUCUACGUCGCGAUCACCAGAGCCCGGAAUCAACUGUGGUUUGUUGAAAGCAACGAAAACAGUGUAGACCCGAUCGUUCAGGCACUUCGCGCCAACGAGAGUGAGCAAUUCGUUGAGGUAGUAAAUCAGAAUGAUUCAGACGUAGCGGAAAAGGUCAAGGUCUUGAGAGCAGGUGGCUCGGUUGAUCCCGAGAGAUGGAUUAAGCGUGGCGCGCACCUCCUCCGCCAGAAAAACUUUGCCGAUGCUCUCUUUUGCUUUAAGAAAGCCAGUUACAGGAAAGGGGUUACAGAGUCCCAGGCCUAUCUCUAUGAGCAGCAAGGAAGGGCCUGUCGUGCGGCAGGGGACCGGGAUGGCUACACCGACAAUUACGACAAAGCCAUUGGGUUCUUUGUCGAGAUUGGUAUGUUCCGAGAAGCAGCAACUUGCUUGGAGAGUCUCCAGAGAUAUGAAAGGGUCGCCAGGCUUUGGGAGGAGAACGGUCAGCAUCUGAAAGCUGCCAUUUUCUACGAGAAAGCGGGGCUUUUCGUAAAUGCCUCGCACUCCUACGACACUGUCGGAAAUAAUAGCACGAAAGUCUCAGGAAACACCAUACACAGAUACUCGAGACUUUGCAACAUUCUUCUGAAGCAAGGACGUAUCUCUCCAAAGCUGCGUGCGAAGACAAUCGACUUGCUCGGAUCCGACGUGGACAAAGAACAGUUCUUUCGGGAAUUUGAAUUGUUCGACCACCUUCGCGUUCUGUAUCUUUCCAAAAGGAAAUAUAGUGACCUCUUCAACAUUUGUGUGCUUACAGGCGACCUCGCCUCCGCCAUUGACGUUGCGGUCUUAUACGACCUAGGUUAUACCGUCGAGGAAAGAAGCGUCGAAACGGUCUUUCACUAUGUUAUGGCGGAAACCGUUUUUGCACGCAGAGGCAUGAUUGAAACGAGAGUCAAGCAACUAGAUGCACUGUUAAAGCCCCAUAAGUCACUGUACUUGACAAGACUUGCGUUCCAGUGGAAAAAAGCGUUCGAUAUCGUUGGCCGCUUUGAAGGCGAGGAAGAGCCCUACAAUAUUUCGUCUCUGGAGGACGGCCGCGUGAAAAACUUCCUGUGUCUGUUUGCGAUUGCGUUCGAAGGACACUUGUUUGCUCGUUCAAAAGUCUCUCUUAUCCCUUUGGAUAUAGUCGUUCAGGCUGGUAAGAUAAUACAGAGCCUAAACUCGGAAGACACCGCCUUGCAAGAGGGCCUCUCACUCGUGUCUGGGAUAUUCUGCAUUCCUGGCUCGAACGAGGCAAUGGUUCUCCCUUGGUCACCGUUGGCUGCCGGUAGUUCCGAGAACAUGGCGUCGUAUUCAUUCAAGGAUCUGCUUCUACGUGCAAACGAAUGGAUUGUUCCUAAGUUUCCAAAAAUAGUUGCUGUCCUUUAUGACACAUUGAACAUACUCUGGAAGCAAGAGACACAAAAACGGUGUACCUCCUUUAUUACCAGAGGCAAUUGUCCAAACAGACUGAAAGGCUGUCCAUACACGCACGAGGUUCCAAAUACCGAAUACUGUACCUCAAGAGUAAAUGGACUAUUGAGAAUAUGUUCAGUAUUUUGCCAACUCACGCCACUUUACCUCCAAAGGAUCAUGGACGAUGACUUCCAAGAAGCAUUUCUAAAGCGCAGGAGGCGCUGGCUAGAGAACCUAAUCGAGGAAUUGACAGUUGUCGCAUCUUUCGAGCAAUCACCCGAAGCAACGAUUCUUGCACAGUUUCACAUUCGAACCAACAGACAACUUGCAGCAACUGCUUCAUGCUUGGAAGAUCUCUUGUUUCAUCGACUGGCAAAAGAAUGGACGAGUCGUCAGAGUCUCACAAUGAUGUUAGAGCAAGUUCAUCUGGCACGUUUCUUAGACCCGCAAAUAAACAUACGGUUUGGUCGAGCGUUGCACCAUAGGGUCUGGUGCACCCUACAACAUCAAAUGAUGAACACUAGCCUGGAGACUGCACAUAGCGCCGUGUUAUUUGCAGAGGGAAUUCGCAAUACAAUGGCAUUGAACGAUUUCAAUGUUUUUGCCUCGCAAGUCUCGGCAUUCCUGUAUCAUGUCGAAUACAUUGACCUCAACGCGCUCUUUGCGUAUGAGGCGUUGGUGUCUGUGUUUGACUUCACGGCUACAUAUCUGUUAAGCAUGAUUAACCCCGGGAAUGCAGUGGCCAUCCCAUGGUCCUGGGCAGCGCUGCACCUCCCCGCCAUAAUCCAUGCUCGCAAUGCGAAGUCCGGAUUGAUGCCAGAUCAAGCAACGCUGGCUUACGGAAGCUGUCUCUUAAAUCUGACUGCCGGCUUCUGCACAAUUGCUAGCAACCUGGAACGAGUCAUGAAUCAGCGCAGGUUCCUCUUCGGCCGUUCCCGUCCGGACGCCUUUAUCAGAAGAAGAAACUCUGACUUUCUUGCUACUGUUGUUCUGAAUCUUAGUAACUGGCCGCUUCCGCUGAGGGGAAUAUCCGAACUCAUAAACCAAGUUCAAGCUGUUUUACGAACUUUUUCUAUUUCAGACUCUAGCUUCCUCCAAAGGCUGCAAGAAGACCUCUUGAGCUCUUUUCGUCUGUACAAUGGAAAGGACAAAAUGUGUAUCAUCACUCUUGACGACAAAGCGACCCACCCUUUGCACCUGAGCAGCUUCUUCGAGAAGGGAGUUCGCGUUACCAAGUUGAGCGACAUACUUCAGGACUUCCAGGGAAUGGCAGAAGCAGUCGCUGUCUCCGAUGAGAAACGACAAGAUAUGAACAAGUCUGAAGAGGACGAGUACAUGGGCUUUAAUCCCGAGAUAAUUGUGCAUCUACAGAGGCGUUGGAGGAUUAUCUUUACCAGGAUUUACGAGCAGCGCCGUGCCCGCGAAACCCUUCACGGCCAGAUUCUAAUCUCGAUACAGAAACUGUGCGAUACAGUCUUAGGCGGAGAAUGGGGAACUCGUGCUUCUGCGGGUACCCUGAAGAUCCAUAUCAGGGCUUUUCUGUUCACGCAAGGUAUCAACGUCUUGAUCGAGAUUGACAAAGCGACUAGGACCAUCCGAGCCGUCCGCGAUAGUUGGAAGGCAGCUUUCAAGCGCCCUCUCACCUUUUCUGAAAUCGAGGUGCUGGAAAGCAUCACUCCUCAGAUCGGCAACGUUGAAUCCAAACUAAGCAAUCUGACGGAAACGUGGUCACUCCAUGGCUUCGAGAAGCAUAUCCUACGUACGUCACCCGAGAAAUGGAGGGCUGGGGCUCGUGAAGCUGUUCGUGUUCUCAGAUCCAUCAGGUACGAGGUCGAUGGAGUGGAGCGUAAGCUUGCUUCUACUGCGGAGUUGGAGGCUAGAUCUGACAUUAUUACUUGA